AUGUAUAGUGUCCCGUUGGUUCCGGGUGAUGUGAACCAUGAGGAGACAAUAUUUCAAAGUCAUCAAGCAUUGAAAAUAUUGCAAGAAACGGCUACAAAAAUAUUUGGAAAAGUUGGCAAAAAAUUGGAGGAUUUGGAUGAAAUUUGUAGAGAUAUCAAUACACGAGCUGAUAUUGUUCAGAGGAAAGUGGAAGUUUUGAAAAAGGUAAGGUUUUUUUUUAAUUUUUCCGAUCCUACGAAAUUUUACAAUUCAGAAAUAUUGAAAAUCUGAUCCGGUUCCUAUUAAAAAUUUGCCAAUUUUUUCAGACUAAUAAUAUAAUUGUCCUCGAAGUUCCUUCCAUAUUUCCAUCAUCAGAAUAUCAGCCAACCAAAAUCGAUUUUCAAUUAUUCUGAUGGAAUUACUAUUGCUACAGUUACACGUAAGUCCUCUUCCCAUUUCCAAUUUCCCCUCCAAACUUUUUAUUUUCAGCCGAUAUUUCCGAAUUUUCGAGUAAAGAAAUCAAAUCAACAAAUAUUGAUGUUAAAAAAGAACUCGAAGCUCGCAAAAAGUUCUUUGUAACAAGUGAUGCUCUUCGUGAUAUAAAAACAGCUGAAGAAAGAAAAAUGAGAAAAUCGAAGAAUUUGCGAGAAAAACCGGCUGAUUUGACAUAUGUCAAUGAUUUGUUUUAUUUUGGAACUGGAAAACCCGCAUAUUUGGGAAUUGAUAGAAUUGAAGGAGAUUUGGAUAUUGAAAGAAGUAUUAUGACUUCGAAAAAGAGUCGAGAAGAUGAAAUGCAUUUACAAUUAUUGGAAGAUUCUGCCAUUUCAAAUCUUGAAUUAACAAAUCAAGAUAAUCAUCCAUUAGCAUAUCGACCUGAUAUUACACCUGUUCAAGAUUUGCCACUUCCAGAAACAUUACCCAAUUUAUUUGGAUUUGCGCAAGAUUUUAAUUUGGAUGAUUUAGGAUUGGAAGAAGGAAUGUUACCAGAUCUCAUGGAAGAUGUCAACAUUCCCGAGCCUUUGAUAACCAAGCAAGAAUCAAUGCCAGAAAUAUCUUCUCCUCCACAAUCUCAUUUAUAUCUUCCUCCACCGUCUCCUACUACACCUAUUCCACAACUUACACCAUCUCAAUCUUCAUCCGCAUCAACUUCUACUCAAAUAUCUCCUCCUGCGCCUCCACCUCCACCUCCUCCUCCUCCGCCGCCUCCUCCACCUCCACCAUCUGCAUCGAUGUCACCAAGAAAGGAAUUAGUUAGUCCAAUUGAAGCACAAGAUGGAAGAUCAGAUUUGAUGGCAGCAAUUCGAGCAGCUGGUGGAGCUGGAAAUGCUCGAUUAAAAAGUGUUGAUGAAGAUGGAAAUAAACCGGCAAAUAGUUCGAGAAGAAAAGGAAAGGUGCGUUUAGGGAGCAAAUUUUGAAAAGGCUUAGGAAUUUUUAAAUGAAAUCCGACCUAAUUCAUUUUAUUUUAUGUCAAAUCAAGGAUGGUCCUUUUUUGGCCAUUUUUCUCUAUUUCUUUGGUCACUCUAGUCUGAUUCAAUUACCUCAAAUUAACAAGAGGAUUACUGUCAAUUUUUCAAAAAAGGUGUUUUUUUCCCAGUUGUUUUCUGGGUUGUUUUUGAAAAUAUUGUAUUUGUAUUAUUGUAUUUAACCAUAAAAACAGUAGUACAUUUUUCGAAAAACAAUAAUAUUAAGGAUUACUGUAGUGUUUAGAUAUAUGGAUCUAUCGAAAAACUGAAAUCUAGAAUCAUAUUUUUCUUCAAAAACUAAAAAAAAUAGAGGAAAUAAAAUGAAUGCAAUUUCAAAAUGUUCAUCACAACUUUUUUUCGAAAAAGUACAUAUUCCCUUUUCGUUUCCAAGAGAAAAAAAAUUAAUUUUGAUGAUUAUUAAAAAAUCAACUGAAGUUGUUUUCUGGACUUUCGGCCUCGAGAACAAAACUAGGGAAAACUUCAUCACUUUUUGCAGCAAAUUAACUUGAGAGAAACAUUUUUCUCUGAAAAAUCCUCAAGAACAUUUUGUUGAAAUUCGGGGCUUUUCAGCUCCCCAAAUAAAUUUCAUCUGUAACUUUUUAAAUCAAAACAACUUCACUUUUUUCAUAAUAUUUUUUAUUUAACAAUUUCUCAAAUCAACACGAGAAUUUACAAAAUGUCGCAUUUGCUUUUCUCGGCCCACGGAUUUGUUUUGUUGUCGAUUGGAGUGCAAAGUGGAUCCUCGUUUGUCUCAACGUAAUUACGAAGUUGAGCACUUGAAACACUAACAAGUGUUCUUUCCAUAUUCAAUUGAUUGUUGUACGAUUCAACGGUUUUUUGCAUUACAUUUCUGUCCAUUUUCAGUCUGAAAAACAAUGAAUCGAAAAGUUAAUUUAGUAUUUAUUAAAUAGUAGAGACACAGGAAAUUGUGGAAAAAGUGCUAGAAAAAAGGUAAAUGAAAAUAAUAAAUAAAAAAGGGAAGAAUGAAAAGGAUCAGCACGGGCGAAAAAAUGAGGGGGCAAUCGAUAGGCAAAUGUGUGAGCUUUAUUUUAUCAUCAUCGUUGUGAGUUAUUUCGAAAAAAGAGUGACAUGAAAUAAUUGGAUGUCUGGGGAAUUUAAAUUAAAUCUUUUGGAAUUUUCCUUCCGAAGUCACGUAUGAAAAACAAACAGAAAAUUAAUUAAACCUGAAAUGACUCAACAAUUGCCACGUCAUAUGAACAUUUAAUUUCAGUACGAUGGAUUGUUGGAAUCAACAGCUUUAUCAACAGAAAAUAAGAAUUCUGGAACAUCUGGCGGAGGAGAUUUGAUGUCAGCACUUUCGAGAGCUUUGAAUGCGAGAAGAACUGCGAUAAGUGGAAAAAAGCCGACGAAAAAAACUGAAAAUGAUGAUGAAUGGGAUUGA